UUCCCUUAUUAAACAACUAUUCCGUUAUCUUGAUAUCAAGUCACGGCUUCUGAACAGGUGCACUUGCUUUAGCAACCCAUGCUAGCUCCAGGCCCACACUCAAUGAACCAACGGCUAAUUCCACCGUUAGCUGAGCUAACCUGUAGCCACGACACUGUCGUCACCACUAGCAACAGUAACUUUGUAGGACACUGAACGUAUGUAUAGAUUAUGUAACCGUCAUGGUUAUAACCUCUCAAAUACGACAACAUAUUCUAGUCCUAUUGGGUUACAACUAUACGUGUAGUCUGUGGAGCCACGAGGUAAAGUCAUUGAUCACACAUUGGUAGUGUGAAGGUCAUUAUCUGCAUUCUUUGCUGUCGUCCUGAUUGAAUCAUAUAAUAAAUUAAGCCAGAACAAACAGGAAAUACGGUAUCACACAACUACACACAUCAGCUGGACUAAUAAUACACAUAACUGCACCUUAAUGACGGGUACAAAUCAAUCUAGGUUUGUUGGACAAUGAUCAUUAAGCCUUGUUCAGCUUUUAAUGGACAUAAAGUAAUGCAAGAACUGGACUGAUGGAUUGUGAGUCCCAUAUCCUUUCUGCCAAAACGAGUAUUACAACAGCUGGUUAAAAAUGUCCCUCUUCAGAUAUAUGUAUUAUCAUACAUCUAUGAUAUUAUUAGAUUAUUAUAAAAGAUGCGUUAACAUGUAUGUAGCAUUUUAAUGUUGCUGGGUAGCUAAAUCUAGGACACGUGUUUUUUUAGGUAAUUAUAAAUGAAAAAUCAGUUUGAAAUGGAGGUAAUUGUAUUUUAGAAGCAGAUCAUGUUAUGUAUUAAAAGUCUACAUGGUCAAAAUAAUAGUGGAGAAGAAGAAUCUAAAGGAAAUACUCAAGUACCUCAAAAAAGUACAGCAGUACAGUUCCUUUUGAACACUAGAACGUGAUCAUCGUCCAGGCAUCUCAUUAUAUACAUAACACUCUUUCUCUAUUAGAUUUGUACCAUUGUGUACAAAGUAUUGGCUAACAUUACAUCAUGUUCGUACUUGGCAGUACCAGUGCUGACAGCUACUCUCUCUGCUCACUCUUCAGAGCGUUCAGGGAGUCUAGUCUUCUUUGAGUUGCAGGCGUGGCCGCGUGUCUCUCUUGGCUGCCGUUGUACUCAUUUCUUCUGCCCUUUGUCCUCCCUGUUCUUAGUGUCAGGACACAAAUGUAUUUGGGCGAGUUAGCGUUUGAAACUGGAUGAGCCUAAUCCCAGGAGAAUAAGUAUUUCGUCGCGUUCUGGAAAUGGAGACAAGGAAAUCUUGAGGGUCUUUGUAGUCAGAGGGUCAGUCUUUGUCCACGGACCAGAUGCUGGCUCUGUCCAGGUGUUGGACAGGUUUGAGGUGGAGACUGUCCCCGUGCUGCUCUGCCCUCUCUCUGGGGAGCGCUACCACGAGCAGCCGGACCUCCACCGCAGCCAGGCCCCAGUUUCUAAGAACCCAGACUGCUCUGUUUCACCAAAGUGAAGCCAAAGCCAGUCCUGACCCAAACAAGCCUCCUUCAGUGUUCUCCUCUGUGCUCGGGCUAGAGGGGGGGCUGUCCGGGAUGGGGAUGUGGUCGUUGGGUCUGGGUGCUGUUGGAGCGGCGCUUGCCGGGAUCUUCCUAGCCAAUACUGAUUUGUGUCUCCCUAAAGCUGCUCAGGUGUCACUGGAGAACCUUGAAGAGGCGGACCUGCGCUCCACCAAAGAUGGCAACAACGUCAUCAAAGCCAAGAGCCUGUGGGACAUGAACGGGGCUGUGGUCAUGGCCGUACGACGCCCUGGAUGAUUUUUGUGCAGAGAGGAGGCCUCUGAGCUGUCCUCUCUGAAGCCCGAGCUGGAGAAGCUCGGGGUCCAUCUGGUUGCUGUGGUGAAGGAGGAUGUCGGCGCAGAGAUCGAGGACUUCAGACCGCACUUCGCUGGUGACAUCUACUUAGAUGAAAAGAACGUCUUCUACGGGCCGCUGCAGAGAAAGAUGGGGGGUCUGGGGUUCCUUCGGCUCGGGGUCUGGCAGAACUUCAUACGGGCCUGGAGGUCAGGCUACCAGGGCAACAUGAACGGAGAGGGCUUCAUCCUGGGCGGAGUGUUUGUCCUCGGAGCAGGAGACCAGGGGAUUCUCCUGGAACACCACGAGAAGGAGUUUGGCAAUAAAGUGCAGAUUGCUGAUGUUUUAGAGGCCGUUAAGAAGAUUGUACCAGCAGAAUAAUUUCAAUUUUUCCCCCAAAAACAAAUGUUAUUAGACAAAAGGUACACCGAGUUUAGAUCAAAACAUAACUGCAGUUUUAACUUGACAUGCUGAGAUGUCCAUCACUGAAAUAUGACAUGUAUGUCUGCACUGUCUAAUAUCACAACAUACCUCUGUCUUUUGCACAUUAAUUUACCGUUGGUUCAGGACAGAGACAAUAUUAUUUCAGGAUUAGUCACCGAUUACACCUCUGCAGACACCUAGAAGCUAGUGUCUUUGAGACGGGUACUAAAAUCAGGUACUAAGGGACUUAAAUGCCAUUUAAUUUAAGGUCAUUUCAAAUCUGCCUUUUAGAGAACCACUAAAUGUAUUGAUAAAUUAUUCUGUGAGCUUGUCUUUCAGUGGUACAUUUGUAAUAAUGUUCCUGUGUAUCGUCUUUGUUUGCUUCUCCUGGUCAGGCACCCUGAAUGGGCCUCCAACAUGGCGAGCCAGUGUGUGUGUGCGGCCUGUGUGUGUGAUAAUGACAACUUGAAUCCAAACUCAACAUUGAGAGGAGCAGGUUUGAUGCUCAAACACAUACAGGUCCAGCCACUGUCGCCAUGUUGAGGAGUGUUGGUGCUGCCUGAAUGAAGCGUGUGUGUUGUUGUGUGAACCUGUACAUAUAAAUAAAGAAGACCUCAUCACCAUA